CCACCUGUGCAGUCAAGUUGUUACUCGGUUAUCAAAUAAGCUGAGGCAUUAGCAUCCUUGGACACGGCAUACCGAUCCCCUCUUGUGCAGAUCAAAAACGUUUCCUGGACGAUGUUAUCGCUCGAUUAAAAUGCAUGUUUGCCCCGUGUGUGUGGUCGGGGUUCCAUUUUUCUUCUUUGUGUGCAGCUGCAGUGCGAUCCGCCGCUGUCUUUGCUGGCACUUCAUACGGACAUUCCUGGAGGUUCCCCGGCAGCAAACCCUUUUUCGUCUCGACGCAGGUCUAAAUCGCCUACGGAACAAUCGAGAAAACAUUCUCACGAGUCGUGUGAUGGCGACCACGCAUUUUCCCGCAUGCAUCGCCGAGCCAUACCGACGAAAAACUCCACAGAUUUGUCUGCCUUUCCCGGAGGCGCCUACGAGCCUUCCUCGACAUCUGCGUGUCAGUGGCGUUGCUCUUGGGAAGAAGCUUCGCGAGCGGCGAUUCCAUGGUUUCUCAAGCAGCACAGUGUGCCGAGUUUCCGAUCGUUUCUGGCUGAACCUGAAUCUGACCGCGAGCGGACUUUGAGGAACCCUCCUGUCGACGGCUCCCGACUCACCGAAAACGUGGUACCCGGGGAGGGCGUUUCCUGGGUCGACGAGACAAUCGACGAAAGCAGCUUUUUCGAGUGUCGUCCGGCCGCGCGAAAACCCCCAAAGAGCGCCGCUUCUUCCUCAGAAAUUCUUUCCCGUCUCGGACCUUUGUCCGGCUCAAGAGAGGCCGAAAAUGCGCUGCAGCCCUGCAGCGACGGAACGAGCAGCAGCGACUAUGUGGAGAUUCUCCGGGGCCUCUUUGACAGCAGCAGCCUAACGCAGGGAGCGUACACGUCUCACGACAUGAGGGCAAAGCACGGUGGUUUUACUCGAACGCGAAACUCUUCCCAACUCCUUCACCAGUACAUAUCCUUCAGGCCGAAUGCCGAGGACCUCCUGAACCCCGCGAGUGUCUCGUGUGUGUCUUCGUCGGGAGCCGCGAGUCUGUCGGACCGUGUGUCUGACGACUUGUUUUUCGAUUUCCCGGACAAAAGCGACCAGAGCGAGCUUGCCAACGACGCCUCCAGUGUCGCAGCUCGGCGUUCGAGCACCGCAGCAAGUGGUAGCGAAGAAAAUGUUACUCCAGAGCACUCUCCACGGCCUCUGGGCUUGCUCACCUCCCUAGCUCACCCCGGAGGAGGCCCAAUAGAGGAUCGAAGCAAGGGCGGGCUUUCUUCCAUUGAACAUGCUGGAAAAGAAAAGAACCUGGCGCCCACGAGUCGAGCAGCCUGGACAUCUCGGUCCGCGCCAGCUAUGUCGUCGUCACUGUCUUGCGCGCUUUCUUCCCAGAGUACACGAGACGGGAUGGGUGAGAGCGACGACACGCCACGACAAAGUGAGAGAGACGGGAGAGACACAGCUACCCGUGAAGGGUUUCGGAGUUUCCUCUACGCUCUGUUGAGACGGAAAGUGCUGCUUUCCCGGGGGGACCUGGGGGAGGAACCGAGCGGAGAAAGGGACUCCCCGGAUUUUUCCCCCUCAGCGCGGGCAAACUGCAAGCGGUUGCCUUGCUUGUCGCGCGGACCUGGCACUGAGGCGCGAGAAGAGUCCACUUCGCCAGAAAAAAAACUCAUCGCAAAACUCGCCUUCCACGAGGUCGUCCCGGAUGGCCGCGUACGGCCUUCGACAGCGGCAAAGGCGUUUUUGCACCUCCUCUCUCUCCACUGUCGCGGAGAAAUUCUCCUCACACAAGCGCAGUCGGUUCCGCACACACGAACUCACCACGAAACUUUGUUUAUUUGCGGCACGAAAGAAAUCCUGUUUGAGGAUCAGAGUGCCGACCACAGUUCUGCCGGCAGCCCGCCUGCUGAAAAGAGCCCUGAAGGCUGUGCAACAGAAAAACAACAAGCUCACAGAAACGCAGACGGCGCACAGUGGGUUGUGGGUGCGUGAGAGGCUACUCUCAUUGGAAGCCGGAGCGGUCCAAGACAAACUUCAGAGAGAAACUGGAAUGUCACACAUAAUACAUAGUAGAUCAUCUGUACGGAGGGGUGUGUGUUGAGAACGAGGUGAAGAAAAAAGGAACGCCACGAGAGGAACAGACACACAGAGACAGAUCGGGACAAAGGCAACUGAAAACAGGGAAGUACACAAGUUGGCGAGAACGAGAAGGGAGGUUGGAGAAAGCAAGAGCAGAAUUUCAUGGGUUUCGUUGUUUGCGUGUACGUGAGGCAGUUCUCUGGAAAGGGAAACGAAGUCUUUUUGCCGAAAUACAAAACCAACUUUUGUUGAAAAGAGUGGAAGCAGUCGUUCGGAGAAGUCCCGUCAAAGCAGCACAAGACAUCCGAGUUUUUCGUUCGUGAAACCCCGAUGGGUGUUUGACAUCCUGCAGCUGCGGAUCUUCUUUAAGCGAAACAUCCAGACUCCUGUGCCCCGACUGACCGAGGAAUUUAAGACGAGG